AUGAAAGUGCAGAAAGAAAACAACCCAUCCUAUGGAUGGCGAAGCUUAUUAGCCUCAAAAGAAGUUCUUCAUAAGGGUCUCCGGAAGAAGAUAGGGAAUGGACAUACAACGAAAGUAUGGGAGGAGCCCUGGCUCCCAACGCAACCAUCGAGAGCACCACUUUGUAUUGACAAUGUCCGAGAUGAAGACUUCCGCGUUCAUCAUCUCAUUGAUGCUCAGAAUCAGUCUUGGAAUCUAGAGAUACUAAACGCAGUCAUCACCGCGGAGGAUAUCCCCAGGGUUACAUCACUCCGGGUGAGCCGUACAGGACGAUAUGAUAGUUACUCCUGGGAUUUUACGAAGUCCGGAGUAUACUCGGUGCGAUCAGGCUACAAAAUAGCCCACGAGCUCCAUUCUGCGGCCAGCCCGAACGUGGUAACGGAGCCUAGUACAACAGAACUGAAGAAAGCAAUAUGGAAGCUCAAAGCCCCACGAAAACUUAAACACUUUCUAUGGCAAGUUAUAACAGGAUACCUAGCGAUGGCAAAGCAACUUAAAGAGAGACAUUGUGCCAAUGAAAGUAUAUGUGUUCGAUGCGGUGAUGAAAACGAAUCCAUCAAUCACACAAUGUUUGAGUGCCCACCGGCCCUACAAUGUUGGGCUCUAUCUGAUAUACCGUCUUCUCCGGGGCUGUUCCCGAGUAACUCUCUAUACUCAAACAUAGACUUCUUAUUAUUUCGUGCUAAAGAAACUGGAGUGAGGUCAGAGAAGAUCUUCAAAGACAAGGAUAUUACGCCGUUGGACUCACUGCAUCUCGCGGUUAAAGAAGCAGAGAGCUGGACACUAGCGCAUAGAAUAUCCGAAGACACGGAGGGUGAGAGGGAUGAACAACGAAGAGCAAGACACAGUACUAGUAUACAAGAGCUUCCCGCAGCUAGAUGGAGAUGUCAAACUGAUGCAUCUUGGAUAAACGAAAGAGACAGAGACGGGAUGGGCUUUGUACUACUGGAGGACGACAUACCGAUUCUAUUUGGAACACAUGGACUAAGUGUCGCCGUAUCCCCACUCCACGCCGAAGCCGAAGGGCUACUGUGGGCGAUGCAGGAAGUGAUGAGGCAUGGAACUAGAGCGGUACGUUUUGAAUCUGAUUGUGAACAACUAAUCAAGCUGAUAAGGGAUGACGAAGAUUGGCCGUCAAUGGCAUCUGAAUUAGACGAGAUCAAAGCUUUAUCGGCUGAGUUUAUUGAGUUCUCUAUAGCAUACAUUCCAAGAUCUGCGAACAUCCGUGCAGGCUCUCUAGCCAAAGGGGGAAGAUCACGCGUUUUCGGUUCACCGUUUGUUAACUGA